AUGAGGGGCACCCUGCCACUCGCCAUGCGCACUACCGCCACCGCCCGCUCCAUCGCCAGCAAAGCGCGCAAGUUCAAGCCCCCCAUCUCGACCCCGACCUCGCACGUCAACCCGCCGCCUGUCCACCCUCGACCGCACACCUGGGUCCCGCCAUCAGGCGACCAAGCUGCAGCACAGGGCUCCCUCGGUCCAGCCGCCGACCCGCACCACCCGCGCCCCAUCCCUCGAGCGACCCCGUUCGACGCACCCAGAGGUGGGGCACUUCAACGACGACCAGGCGAGUACCGCGAGCCGCCCGCCGUCGCAGCAGCCAGGAGGAAGACUGUCGGCGAGCGCAACGUGUGGGAGUCGUAUCUCGUACUCCCCUGGCAGACCCGCCUGUACCUCUGGCUCGGCCUCGGCGCCUUUGCCCUCGUCGGCCUGUACGGCGGCGACUACUUCUUCCCCGAAACGCCCGAGGAGAAGGCCGCCCGCGGCGAGAUCGCGCCCGACGCAUUGCCCGAGCUCGCAGGGCAGCAGGGUGCCGCGAGAGAGGGAGCGGUGGCGGGCGACGGCGCGACGAGGGAGCGAGGAGGAGUCGGGACGGCGGCAGGCAAGCAGGUCUGAGCGCGCAUCUCUGCAACUCGAGCAAGGUUCUGCGCC